AUGCUGCCAAAGAGGCAGGCUGUAAAUACAAACAAGUGCAAAGAGAAGAAAUAUGAUUAUGAUAAUUUGCCCACGACAUCUGUUGUCUUAGCGUUUUAUAAUGAAGCCUGGUCAACUCUCCUUCGGACAGUUUAUAGUGUCCUCGAGACAUCCCCGGACAUCCUGCUGGAAGAAGUUAUCCUGGUGGAUGACUACAGUGAUAGAGAGCACCUGAAGGAGCGCUUGGCCAACGAGCUGUCAGGCCUGCCCAAGGUGCGCCUGAUCCGCGCGAACAAGAGAGAGGGCCUGGUGCGAGCCCGGCUGCUGGGGGCAUCUGCGGCAAAAGGUGACGUGCUCACCUUCCUGGACUGUCACUGUGAGUGCCACGAGGGGUGGCUGGAGCCGCUGCUGCAGAGGAUCCACGAAGAGGAGUCGGCAGUGGUGUGCCCGGUGAUUGACGUGAUCGACUGGAACACCUUCGAGUACCUGGGGAACGCCGGGGAGCCCCAGAUCGGCGGUUUCGACUGGAGGCUGGUGUUCACGUGGCACGCGGUUCCCGAGAGGGAGAGGAUGCGGAUGCGAUCCCCCAUCGACGUCAUCAGGUCUCCAACAAUGGCUGGUGGGCUGUUUGCUGUGAGUAAGAAAUAUUUUGAAUAUCUGGGGUCUUAUGAUACAGGAAUGGAAGUUUGGGGAGGAGAAAACCUCGAAUUCUCCUUUAGGAUCUGGCAGUGUGGUGGGACUCUGGAAACACACCCGUGUUCCCACGUUGGCCAUGUUUUCCCCAAGCAAGCUCCCUACUCCCGCAGCAAGGCUCUGGCCAACAGUGUCCGCGCAGCUGAAGUGUGGAUGGAUGACUAUAAAGAGCUGUACUACCACCGCAACCCCCGCGCCCGCUUGCUCCAGAACCGAGGGCUGAAAAAAUACUGCUUUGACUACAACCCUCCCGACGAAAACCAAGUUGUAGGACACCAGGUCCUUUUGUACCUCUGCCACGGGAUGGGCCAGAACCAGUUUUUCGAGUACACGUCCCAGAAUGAGAUACGCUAUAAUACCCGCCAGCCGGAGGCCUGUGUGGCUGUGGAGGCAGGAAACAACGUUCUCAUCAUGCAUCUCUGCCAAGAAACAGCCCCCGAGAAUCAGAAGUUCAUCCUACAGGAGGAUGGCACUUUAUUUCACAAACAGUCCAAGAAGUGUGUCCAGGCUGCGAGGAAGGAGUUCAGCGACAGUUUCGUGCCACUCUUACGAGACUGCACCCACUCGGAUCAUCAGAAAUGGUUCUUCAAGGAACAUGUGUAACAAAAUGUCACCGCACCAAGGAGCCUGGAAAGGAGAUCUCGGGCCCAGGACUCUGCGCCCAACAAAGACUUAGUUAAGUACAAUGAUCAUUUUGCCAUUUGUGAAAGUGUUGUUGGAUUUAGUAAAAAUAUAAAUAAGCUUUGUAUUGAUUUUGAAAACCUUAAAAAUGUUCCGAAAUAUCCUAUUUUUAAAGGGUAAUCAUAAAAUGUUAAACCUUGGUAUUUGGAGAAUUAAACCCUUGUAAUAUUUUUCUAU